AUGGAAUUGUACCGCAACCCUGAAUUUUGGGGAGCAUCAGACAAAUUCAUUCCGGAAAGAUUCGCGAAUGGAGUUUCAGGAGCAUGCAAAUCUCCGCAAGCUUUUACACCUUUCAGACUGGGAGUUAGAGUGUGUCCUGGUAAGAUGGUGCGUUGCGCGGUCAGAAUAUUGCAUGGGUUGACUGAUAUGGAGACUGUUGAAGCAAAGGCUAUUAAGCUUGGUUUAGAUAAAUUAAGCACCGCCCCUCCAAAUUAUUAUAUACUGCCCCUAUUUAUGAGCUGGCUUCACAAAGACAUGGACGACAUGGUUCCAUGUGUCUAUAUAAAUCAGCUAGCACCGAGAGAUUCAGCAGAAGCAUCAAACAAUAUCUGA